AUGCAGGCUGUUCCAGAAUCCUGGGACGACGUCUUACGCCGCAAUGUGAAGAUCCUGCGAUUCGGCGGGGUGUGGCGACCAGUUUCCCGAAGUGGUUGGCGACCUUGCGUGUUCCCGCUGUACUUCGCCUCAGUCUGUGGAAGCCUGCUCACCAUCAUAGGGCUGGACAUCGUCAGGAUCUGGCUGCUGUGGGGAGACAUGACAGAGAUCACCUACGCCGUCGUGACUGCAGUAUGCUGCUUCAACGGAGUCUACAAGAUGGUCCACUGCUUCAAACACGGCGACACAUACAGCCGGCUGGUGAGCGACCUGAACGACCUCGUAGCACUACAGCGGCCGUACUGCGAGAGGGAUGACACUCUCAUGGCAGUCUUCCAGGAGGUAUGCCGGAAGACCAAGCGGCUCACGAUUGGCUGCCUGACGUACAUGAGCGUCCUGGGGCAGAUGUGGUGCGUGCUGCCGCUCGUCUCGCCCGUGCCACCAGACAGCAGGGAGGACCCGAUGCCGCUGGUCAGUCUCCCCGGCCUCCACAAGGAAAACCGUGGCUGGUAUUCAUUCAUUUACCUGCUGGAGUGCCACACCGUUUUCUACUGGAACUUCUCCAGCUUCGGCAUGGAUAUGUUCUUCGCCUCGAUCAUGAGCCACGUAACGGGGCAGCUCAAUAUCCUCAACAUGCGGCUGACACAGCUGAGACAGGAGGAGUCAGCAGAAGACCAGGUUCAGCCGUCCACGUGCACUGUAUUCAAUCUCAACAGAUUCAGUCGAAAUCAAGAGCAGAACGUCAAUGAUUCUACCAGAAUGUACAUCGAAUUGUGCGAGUGUGUGAAACACCAUCAAGCAAUAAUAAGGAGUGUACAAUGA